UGCGCGUCGUGUCGCGUCUGCUUCGUCCACGUACUCGUAUCGUCGUCGCUAUCGUCACCGUCAACGUCCGCAAUAUCAUCCCCCCGUGUUUCGGAUACAACGGAGUUCGGCCGCCACAUCGUACGCACGUCGGCUGCCGCCAUGGACCACGUCGGUCUGCUGUUGCAGCACUCUCAAUACGUAUACGCGGUUCCCGUGGGUGUCGUGCUGGUUUUCGCUAUUCUCGUGUUUGCCUUCGGCUUCAAGAAAGCCGAACAACCGCCGUUCGCUCAGCUGUCCGCGGGCUCCGACGUGGACAGAAAAUUCGCCAAGAAACGUGGCAAGGUUCGCGAGAAGAAAGCUGCUAAUGGACAAAUUGCAUCUGAAAAAACAAGCCCUGCUAAAAAGACAUUAGCAGUAAAGGCGGAAGUUCCAAAGAAAACUGCGAAAGGAGAUGAUGUUGAUGGUAAACUAAAAGAGCGUAAGCAAGAAGACAACAAGAUCACAACUAAAAAAGAAAAGGAACAUCUCUCAGCUAAGAUUGGCAAAGAGAACAAAGUGGAGCAGGUGAAGAACAAGAAGAAUUUGAAGAACUUAUUUCAGGAAAAACCUGUGGACUUUGAUGAUGGAGAUUGGGAGCAAGCCUAUUCUCGUAAGGACAAGAAGAAUAAAAAGAAGGAGGAGGAAUCUCCUUCGAAGAAAAAUAAGAAAAUUUCUAAAAAGGCUGAUAUAAUAAAUGAGGCCAAGCAAAAAGAACAGGAAAAGCCUGAAAUCAAAGAUAAAAUUGCUAAAGAAACAGAAAACAAAGAACUUAAAGAGAAGGAAAAGAAAGAUGUGAUUCUUACACCUAUCUCUGAUGAAGAGAUAAGUAAAACCAAAGAAAUACUUGUAGAUAAAGAGGAACAGGAUAAGGUCGAGAAAGUUGAGAAGGAAGAAAAAAGAAAAUCAAAGAAGAAUAAGAAGGUUUCUGAGAGUGAAAAUACAAUCGUUUCGGUAUUAUCCACACCAAAGUCGGAUAAUAAGCCUGUUGCGGAAGAACCGCAAGAAAAACCGACUAACGUGGAAAAAGUAGUCACAAAUAAUGAAGAGAAUAAAGUGGAAGAAAGUAAAGAGAAAAUCGCUGUGUUCGACGAAUUGGGAGAUGUCUGGACAGAAGCAAAGCCUCAGAAAAAGAGUAAAAAAAAGGCUCGUAAGGACAACUGAGGAUGAUUAUAUGCAAUGCUAAUGAUAUUGUUCCUUAAAAAAGGAUAUAGAGUGAGAAUCAUGCUUGGUCCAAAGGACAUUUGUCGCUUUCGACAAAUCAGGUGUGUUUUAGAUGACUUACUAAUCGCGAACAUUUGACCAAAAAUCGUUCCUUUCUCCUUGUACAUAAUAGUAAUUGGACUAGUUUCGAUUAAUUAUGAUUUUUAUAGUUAGUCAUGACUUCCAGAUUGCGUGAGAGCGCUACAUAUAGGACGAAGAUUUUUUGUACGUUUUUCAUUUCUUUCAGUCUACAUCUUGCAUUUAAUAAGAGUGGCAUAAGUCAUAAUUAUCAUUAACGAGACAAUUCUUGUCCAUAUAUUAAUUUUCUUAGGUACCUUUACAUAUGUCCAUAAUAGCAUAUUAUUUUAUUUUUAUAAUUAUAGGACUAUGUAUACAGUAGAUCUGUAUCAUAAAGUUGUGUAAUGGUUAAGAAUGGUACUUAGACCAUUUAUGUUUCUUUUGUUGAAUAAUCUUUUAAAGAAUAUUUGUACAAUUGUACUAUUUCUACAUUAAGAAGAAACAAUUCUGUACGCAUUGUCGUCUUGCUGUUACUUAAACGUCGGUCUUAAUCUUCUCAUAUGAAUGGUUAAAAGGCAAAAAGUAGAAAGUAUUUCCAUAUAUAUAUUCCAAGGUAAUAUUUAUAACGCAGGACAAUCUCCAAAACUGGUAAGCUUAUAUUACUGAUGUAUCGCUUACAAUAUAAUGCCUCAUAUUUUUCUACAUAAUUAGUCGCUAGUAAUAAAUUAUUUUUUGUUUCAAAAACAGAGAACGUUGAAAAUCUUGUAACAAUUAAUAACAUUCUAACACGUUCUCUUGUUGAAUACAUCAGUAAUAUAAGUUUCAUGGAGUGGUAUAAAUAACAUCACAAAUGAUUGCACAAUAUGAGUUAUAUCACAACGUGAUAAUGAAAAUGAAUAAUUUCAAUAAAAUUCUGAUUUAUCCUAAUGUACAUCGGUGUGUGCAAUGUACACUUACACAAAGAUAUGUAUAUAAUAAUGUUAAAAAUUUGGAGAAACAAAAGCUAUGUGAUUAUAUCUUGCUAUGUGAUUAUAACUCACAGAUAAUUCACAGAUUUAUUAAUUAAUUAAUGCUGUUAUACAUUUCAUGUCUAUGAAAAUUGAAUAAUGACCUCAAACAGAUUUAUUUGAUAAAAGAGAAAGCUAGUAAAAUAUCGAUAUUUUUGCAACAUAAGUGUACAUAUGGAUAAAGUUAUGAAUGUUAUAAAGAAAUAUUGAUUUCUUGUUGAACUUUUAGAAGCUUUUAAAUCUUUUCUAAAGCGAAAAAUGUAUAUUUGUAAAGUUUUCUUCAUUAUGACAAUUUACUGAAACGGAUUUACAGUUUAUUUGUAAGCAUAACAGAGAAUGCUCUAAUCUAACAUACUGCUUUCAUAUAUCUUUGACUAUGUUUUUACAGUUACAUUAUAAUUAAAACACAAGAUUGCUAUGUACAUGUUACAGCUAGCAUAAUUAUAGUUAGCAAUAGAUCUCAUAAUUUCAACUUUCGUUUCAUGAACAAGCAUGAUGGCAGAAAGAAAAACGAGAACGAUAUUUUUGUAUAAUUUUUUUAUACGACUGAAUUUUGUAUGUAUCUUGUUAUAUCAGACGUUAUUUUGUAAACAGCUCUCUUAGACAGUUAUCACGUAAAUUGUUCGAAUAAUUGAACAUAGUACUAGAUCGAGAAGAGAUCAAACAUGCAUCAAAACUAUCGUUCAUGAAUAAUCCAGUUGUUCAUCUCUCAUGCUAAUGAAUAAUUUCUUGAUCAUGCAUUGAAAGUGAAUGAUUUUAUAUAUUGUGCAUAUCUUAUAGAUAUUAUUGUGACAUAAUACACAUUAUCAACAUCCUCUAUUACUAUUAAAUGCUAAGCUCUAUAAGGUUAAUGUUGCGCAAAAAUGUUAUUAGAAAUAUUAGAGAGCUAUUCAGAAUUUCACAUUUUUCUCGGAAUGUCCUAGCUUAUAUAUUUUAUCUAAAGAAAAAACGGAGCGCGACAGAGAUAUAUUAAAUAUUUAUAAAAAAAAAAAUUAUAUUCAUACGAGAAUGAUUUGAUGUGUGAGUAAACAGAUUACUAUUGUUGUUAUAGAAUACAUGUUAUGACAACACUCAUUCUAAAUGAUUUUAAGAAUUAUCUGUUAACAUGUAAAAUUGUAUAAAUAAUUUUAGACAGAAACAGAGCGAAUGAGAGAGAGAGAUAGAGAGAGAGUGAUAUCAUUUAAAAUUUAUGACAAUAUUGUGAUAAGAAUACUAUACCUGAACAUUAUACAUGAAUGUUGCAAACUAAAAUGCUAAAUCACUUAUAACUUUUAAGUGAAAGAGGCAGAAAGCGAAAGAAGUAUCUAUCUUGUUUGAAUAGUAAUUGAUAUUUUGUAUACUGGAUAUCGAUAUAUUCUCAUAAAUACACACACAUGCGUAUAUACACAUACGAAAAAAAAAAGAGAAAGAGAAAGAUUAUUAUGUAUAAUAGAUGAAUUUUUCGGGUUACGCAUUUAUACUUUCAAAAUUUGUUGAAAAUUUAGUGUGGUGAUGGUCGUAUAGAAUUAUGUAAAAAGGAAGAAAAAAUGAAUUUAUUUACACCAAACAAGCUUGAAUUAUAAACCUGCAAGCAAAGACCUAACAUUAUAAAUCAAAUCACUUGUGUCAACUAUAUAUGCUCCGUGCCAAAAAGUAUCAUCUCUCUUCUCUGAAUCACAUUUGAAAGGCUAAGUUUCAUACAAUAAUUUGUGGAUAUCAAAAGAAAUUUAGUAAUCUUAUUUAUAGCCAUUUUAUUUAUUUAAGUCUUUCACGAUCGAAAAGACUGCGUAAAUCUUUUCUCUCAUCGUCGCUUGAUUCUUUGUGGUAUCACUAGGAAAUUUCAAUUGAAUGAUAAUUAGCGAUUAAGCGAUUAUCCGAGUAGCUAAUUUAAUUUAGACGAUAGAAACAAAUUUUUUUCUGCGAAACUUUUAUACAAUUAUUUUUCUAAACAAAGGUCUGUGCAUUACAAAUGAAAAUAUAUAUAUAUAUAUAUAUAUAUAUAUAUAUAUAUAUAUAUAUAUAUAUAUGAUUUCGUGUAUUGCAAAGAGCUGACACGAUAAAUAGAGAUGGGCAGUGGUGAGUUAAAUUAUCAUCGUGCAAUCGAGGAAUGCCAUUAUAAGAUAACAGUUCAAAUAACGUUUUUCAAAUUUUCCAAAAGUAAUAAGUUUUAAAUAUUGAUAUUGUUCGUAUAAUGCAAUCGUUAAUUUAAUUGGCUAAUUAGAAAGAAGUACUUAACAAUCAUGCGAAAAGAAAAUUGAAGAAAAUAUUGUGGCUAUUGAAUCACACUGACGAAAGAAGCGCAACGAAAUUAAUCUAUUUUUCUAAAUACUGUUUCCAAAAUCAUUACAUCGCUACUGGCAUUUGCAGAAAUGACGAGUAUAGUUUAUCGCGACGAAAUGAAGUCGAACAUGUGUAUUUCGAAUAUCCUGCUUCAAUGCAUAUUUGAUGUGUCGGAUGUUAUGUGCUCUGCUGAAAGCUCGAACGAGAAGUGAAGGAGAAUAUUUUCUCUCAACAAAGUAUAGGGUCGAAAAGAAAAAGGGAGACAAGAACCGACUAUAAAAUCGGAAAAAUAUAUUAUAUUGUCAUUGUACAUAUGUAUAUUAAUACACGAGUAAUGUUCUCUUCUUACUAAACGUAUAUGUGCAAUGUUGUGUUAACAUAGUCCAUCUCUGCAGUGAUGGAGAUCCAGCGAUCAGAUUUUCGAAGAAUUAAUCAACAUCCAAAACGAAUUACACACAAUCUAUCCAUUUCGAAAAUAGUAAGGCAAGAAGAACAUUGAAGCACACACAUGGUAUUUGUUUUGUAAAAAGAGAUUCUUCAAUUUAAUUUUUUUUUCAUUUUUAAAAAUGAUUUAUAUGCGUUAAUACAGCAUACUUCGAUUACGAUAGCAUGUUGCACAUUUUCUAUAGAUUUAAUUAAUAAUGAUUGUAUGUUCUCAUCAGGGAGUUCAUACACAGAGCUCGUAUGUUGCAUUUUGAAAAUAUAUAUUUCCGAUUCUUCCAUCGAAAUAAUAUAAUGAUGAUAUAGCGCGAUUACAAUGGCCUAUUUUAGUCGCGCGAUUCGAUGUAAUUAUAAUUUAUCAUUGCACGGCACAUAUGAGGACUGAACGCAUUCGAAAUAUCGAUUGCAAUAGAGAUAAGAUACGAAAAAAAGAUAGAUAAACAAAAGCGCGACACGACAAUUUCAAAUAUACAUAUAUAUAAAGUUACACAUAUAUAAUUUAUUUUAUUCAUCGAUUGUUGCAAUUAUAACACAUGUGACAAAUUAAUAUUAUAAAUUCACUGUAUGUGUGUGUGUGUGUGUGUGUGUGCGUGUGUGUGUGUUUGUGCAGAAUAUGCAUAUAUAUUUCGUGCAAAAUUCGUAUACGUUUCGAUUGACUUAAAGCUUAUCAUUAUGUGAGCGUAUUAAGGCAAACCGAGAGAAUAUGACAAAUAAAACGUAUGCGUUCAAAUGAAAAAGAUAUAAAAUUGAUGAGAAAUAUUCUGCUCACGUGAAUUGAAUAAUUACGAUUAUGCGUUCACAUUUUCGAAAUUAGGAUACAUAUAAUCGAAAUAUUUCUAUAUAUUUGUGCAAUGCAGGAGAUAUAUUAUAUAUAUAUAUAUACAUAAAUAUAUAUUUUUUGCACUUGUCUCGCUCGACGAAACGGAACAUUUCUUGUGAAGGUACGCUUUUUGGUUGUGAUAUCUAUGGAAAAAUGUGUGAGAAUAAUGCAAUGUGUCUUAAGACAAAGUAAAGAAAGACAGAAAAAGAGAGAGAAAAGAAAGACACAAAGUGAAUAAAAAUUAUAUUUUUCCAGCAUUUAAUUGGGAGCAUUCACAUACACACAUUGCGCCUAUCCGAUUUGUAUAUACCUAUAUCGAGGAAUCAUAGAAUACACAGACAAAUAGUAAAAUGCAAA